AUGACGAGUGAAAGCUCAGAUGGCUCCACUUCCUCCUUCACCCUGGACCCGAGUGAGGAGAUCUCUCUCUGGCUCUCCAGCCUUCACUUGCCUCAGUAUGUCACCAGAUUUACUCAGGCAGGCUACCACACCCUGGCAGACUGCAGGGGGCUUACUGAGGAGAAGCUCCUGCAAGUGGCUGACUUCCCCACAGGCCAUCGGCGGAGGAUCCUGCACAACCUUGAGGUCCUCAUGGCAGGAUAUCAUGAUAAAGAAGGUUCUGAGAUGGCAGGAGGAGAGAAAAAGCCUGUUCCCUUUCCUAGAACUAUCUUUCUUAAGGAAGGGAAGAGAGUAACCUCGCAUCAAAAUCUACAGACAAACUGCACUGGAGAAAACAAUAGAUUGCCUGUAACCCAGACUCUUCCUCCAAGGACUUGCAAAGAGAAAACUUUUAAACAUGACCCUGAUUUUAUCUCCACUGUCUCCCACACACUCCCAUGUAGCAAUUACAAAGCAUCCGCCUCAGGUUCCAGAUCUGCCUCUUUGGCCAACAGCAAUGAAUCGCUGCCACCUUUCACACAGUCGGAUUUGGAGAACUUCUUGAAGAAGGCUACUCCUUUCAUCACACAGCCAGUCUCGGGUGUAAAAGAUGAUGUCGACGCAGAGGGUUACUCAAUGAGAUUCCAGGGAGUGAUGGUGGAUAAUGAUAUAUAUGAGAGUAGCCCAUUUACAGCUUCUGGUCAAAAGCCCACACACUCUUACAAGCUACGACACAGGCCUGUGCCAGAGAUCCCAGAUUUCCCCGUCAUACCAUCAUGUGACUGGAGCGUGUCUUUGAAAUCCGGCACGGAGCAGCACAGCGGCACCGACGAUCCCAGCGGCAGCAGGCAGAGAGCCCCUCUUCACGGGACACUGACGUCUGAGGACAUCAGUCCCUACGGUGAGGUUUACCUCUACAACACCCUUGCAGAAAACAAACUAGUUUUGGAUACAAAUGAAAUGUUAAACCAAGAAACAAAUGAAAAACUGGAACAGAAAAAAAUGAGGAAGCAGCAGGGCAAGCAGCAAGAAAAGGUGACGGAGAGCACCGAUAGGCACCUCGGUGAUGAUUAUGCUUUGGUUCAGCCAUGCAUUUCCAGUCAGGGGCCAGUCAAGGAGUGUUCUUUAAGCACAGCAAAGUCCCUCCCACAGUCUGCACUGCCAUUGCCUGGAGCCAAGUCACAGGUGGAUUCAGGUGGUGUUUGUAAUGAGCCAUUGGAUGCUUUUUCUCGACUGGUGCAACACGCACUUCCUCUCCAUAGUGAAUUAUCUAUAUCACCUUAUGCCUGCUUCUACGGACGUCCUAAACAUGCUAUGAAAAUGGGCUGGCUGGACAAGCUCUCUCCUCAAGGAAAUCGUGUCUUUCAGAGAAGAUGGGUCAAGUUUGAUGGAGAGAAUCUUUCUUACUAUAAUAAUGACAAGGAGAUGUACUCUAAAGGACUGGUCUCUCUCGUAGCUGUUAAGCAGGUGCGCUCUGUGGGAGACAAUAAGUUUGAGGUGGUAACCUCAAUGAGAACCUUUGUUUUUCGAGUAGAAAAAGAAGGAGAACGUCAGGAAUGGCUGGCGGUGCUGCAGGCUGCUCUGAAGUCUCGCUCAACCGUUUCCCACACGCCCUGUAAGCUCAGCUCCAGCAAGAGCGGCUACGUGGAGCUGCGUGGCCACAAAGGCAGAGUCUACCUCAGCCUCAUGGGAACCAAAAUCCGACUCUGCAAAACAGACCAGGAUUUCAACACCGGGUUGGCUAUCACCAUGGUGGAUCUGAUGACUGCCUGUGUCAAACAUGUGGACCGCAGAGGCUUCGAGAUCAACACACCUUUCAAAUCUUUCUGUUUCACAGCCGAGUCUGAGCGAGAGAGGGAAGAGUGGGUCGAGGACGUGCAGGAAUCGAUCGUUGAAACUCUGUCCAAUUACGAAGUGGCCGAGAAGAUUUGGUUCAACCAGUCGAACAGGAGCUGUGCCGACUGCCGAGCUUCCCAUCCCGAGUGGGCAUCCAUUAACCUCGGAGUGGUCAUCUGUAAAAUGUGUGCAGGUCAACAUCGGUUCCUGGGUUCCGGUAUCUCACAAGUGAGGAGUCUGAAGUUGGACAGCAGCAUUUGGACCAAUGAACUGGUGGAGCUCUUUUUGGAAGUUGGAAAUGAGAACGUCAACAAAUUCUGGGCUGCCAAUCUUCCACCGGAGGAGGAGAUUCAUCAGGGGGCGUCGCCAGAACAGCGUGCAAUCUUUCACCGCAGGAAGUACAGAGAGAGGAGGUACAGGAAAGUUUUGGAAGGACUGAAUAGCCAGGAGGAGCUCAACCAGGCUUUGUGUUCUGCAGUCCUGCAGCCUGAUGUGUUGUGGACCAUGGCAUUGGUGUUCAGUGGGGCAGAUGUGAUGUGUGCUACAGGAGAUCCUGACUAUUCCACUCCUUACCUAUUGGCUCAGAAAGGAGGCCAGAGGCUGCAGAUGGAGUUUCUCUAUCACAACCAACUCUCAGAAUUUGCAAAGCUGGAGAUGGUAGGUGACAGCAGAUCUUCAGUAGACAUUUCCUCUUUCAUGGAUGGGUUUCUUUACUGUUCGGUCAACAUGCUGAAGAGCACGCUGGAUAAAAAAGGGAGAGACGACAUGGUUCAACGCUGGUGCACACUAGAAGGUGGCUACCUGAGUUACUACGAUGGUGACAAGAGCACCACACCGAUAGGAAGAGUGGACGUCAGUGAGAUAGUGAGCCUGGCUGUCAACAACACGGAGACCAUGACAGGAGCAGGGGCAGUGUUCACCUUUGAGAUCUACCUGGAGUCUGAGAAAAUGCUCUUGUUUGGCACACAAACAUCAGACGCACAAAGAGCCUGGGUCCAUGCCAUCACCAAGUGUUUGGACCCUGAGAGGGUGGACUCUAUGCUGAUGAAGGACUGUGAGCUGAUUGGUCGUUUGUACUAUAAGGAGGGCCAUGACCUUUAUCAUUGGAGACAAGGAUGGUUCUCUUUAGUCAGCUCUGAGCUGUUCUUUUAUCCUGAAGACGAUCACACAAACGAGGUGGUUCUACAACUCAAACGCCUGCAGGAACUUACUGUCUCCACUCAUUUGGAAGGUGAUGACAGGAUUCAGGUUCUGCUCAUGGUUGAGAGUGGCAGGACAAUCUACAUUCAUGGCUUCACUAAACAGGACUUCACUUUAUGGCACUCUGCCAUCCAAGUAGCAGCUGGCAGAGAUGGCAGAGCACUAAGCAAUCAACAGCUGACCAAAAAUGACGUCCCUAUUAUCAUCGACAGCUGUAUUGCCUUCGUCACUCAAUACGGUUUGUGUCAUCAUGGCAUCUAUCAGAAGAACGGUGACCCAAAACGUGUGGCCCAGCUGCUGAAGGAGUUCAGCAGAGACGCACGAAAUGUUAAGCUUCGACUUCAGGAGCAUCGAUUAGAGGACGUUACAGAUGCACUCAAAGACUUCCUGUCCAACUGUGAGGAUGCUUUAUUAGCCAAAGAGCUCUACCCUUACUGGAUUUCUGCCCUCGAUGAAGUAAGUGAGAAGGACAGGGUUGAGAAGUACUCCACCUAUAUUCAGAGUUUACCCAAGAUCAACAGAUCGACUCUGGCGGCACUAUUGCAGCAUCUGUACAGGAUUCAGAGCUGCUCUCACAUAAACCAGAUGAAAGCUCAGAGUCUGGCAUGCGUUUUCUCGUCCUGCCUCUUCCAGACAGGAGGACAUGCACCUCAAGAGACCUGUGUUGUGGAAGAUCUCAUCAACAACUACGUUCAGCUCUUCUCUGUCAAUGAAGAGCAAGUCAGGCAAAUGGAGAAGGAAAACCGCUGUAUCACGAGGUGGAAGGACACUACAUUCUCUCCAGCAGGUGACCUGAUCUUUGAGGUUUACUUGGAAAAGAAAGAACCCGAAAACUGCUGUUUAAUCAAGAUCUCUCCCACCAUGUGCACUGAUGAGCUGACUGACACUACUCUGGAGAUGAAGGGCAUACAGGCAGGCCAGCAUGACCUCUGGACCACAUUUGAAGUCAUCGAGACUGGGGAACUUGAACGCCCUUUACACUACAAAGAGAAGAUUCUGGAGCAGGUUUUAGAGUGGUGCACGCUGGAAGAUCCCAGCUCAGCUUUCCUGCUCAUUAAAAAAUUUCAUGGAUCUAAGAUUUCCCAUUCCAACUCAGAAGGGCAGAAGGACUUCAUUAAAGGAGAGCAGCUGAAGUUCAAAGAUGGCUCCUCCAAACUACUUUCUGGGAACAAGUUCCAGGACAAAUACUUUGUACUGCGGGACAAGAAGCUACUGCUAUAUAAAGACGCAAAAAGUGCUAAACCAGAGAGAGAGGUUCCUGUGGAGUCAGUGAAAUGCUACAUAGGGAUAAGAAAAAAGUUGAAACCAACAAGCAAUUGGGGUUUCACAGUUUACACGCAAAAACAGCAAUGGUAUUUCUGCUGUGAGGGGAAAGAUUCACAGCUGGACUGGGUUACAGCCAUUAUCAAAAGUAAGAAUCAUGGAGACUUCUGGCCUACAUGCAAAGAAAAGAGCAAAUCCUCAGAUCAACAGAGCAGCAGAGAGCAUGCAUCUGCUCGCCUGAGUUCAGAGAUUGAAGCAGGCAAACACAGCAAGGAGGACAACAAGAUGGUGCCCCUGAAUGUCUCUUUUGACAAGGUGAAGUCAAAGAACUUAAAUGAGGCUGAUAGUUUGCAUAGAAUGGCAAUGCUGGAGACCUGUUUAAAGAAUAAAAGCCAAAAAGGGGAUUCAAUACUAGGACCAACUUUGGCCUCCAGUGGAAGAAAUCCAUCGUCAGACAAAAUGACUGUCGAAGGAUCCCUACAGACUCGGUGUAGACCUAUACCUCAUCCAGAUUCUGCUAACCAGACCAAAUCUCAACAGAAAAAAGCAAGCAUUGGAUGCAGUACAGGACAAUUGCCUCAGAGUCUUCUCAAUGAACUGAGCACCAUUCUCAACCAAACAGGACGCACACCCAGAGAAGAAAGCUGACCGCUUACAAGCAAAAAAUCAAAGCUAGAGUAAAGAGGCGGAAAGUCUUGCAAGUGGCAUUCCAGAGGUUGAGAGAGCUCUCGGCUCUCAGGAAGACCUUUUGAAAAGCAAAACAAAGCUAUAAAUAAUGUAAAAAUGUAUAUAUUGUGCAGUCUACAUGGCACACACCAAAGCUUUUCUCUGUUUGACCGUCACUGACCUUAAAAGAACACCUAACUGCAACCAUUCAGCCAAUACUAUUGUACAGUGGUGUCUUGGUAGCAAGACAAGUAAGUGCAUGUAAUGUGAAGGGCUCUGGUAUAGAUUUAUAGGUCAAACAUCAGUAGGAGUAUGUGGUUGUACUGUAUAUGCCUGAGUGUACAGAUUUUUAAUUUUUUUUUUUUCAGUUCUGACCACAGUCAAACUAGCCUUCUGUCCACAGGCCACGCUGCAACACGCCAGAUAAUGGAGGAUAUUUAGUAAUGCACAGAGUCCAAUAUACAAAUUAAAAAAUAAUUAACCUCACCCACAGGUAAGUAAUUAUAGGCUACUUUUAGACAGGCUCUAUAAAAAAAUGCAAGGCAAUUAUUUAAAUUCUGCUUGAUUUUCUGUAUUUAAUUUUGAUGCUUAUUGAGGUCUAGUGGAGGUCAGUCCACACAAUCCCUUGAUGUAAAAACAUUACCCAAUUUAAAGUUUGUUAUGUAUAGAUAGUAUUUAGAAUGAAUGUGGCCUUUUAAGAAAAGAAAAGUCCUUUCCAUUUCCUCCAGUGUUAAUGUUUCCUAAACCGUCAACAGAAGCAUACCUUGUUCUGCUGUGCUGCUGUAAUAUCCCAGGAGACUAAGUCACCCAAAGCCAUUAAAUAAUGAAUCUUUUCCUGAGAGGGUCCACGUAGGCUUUUGUUGUCCGGUUUGCUUUAAAUAUUUAGCAACAUUUUAUUAUGCAUCAUGUAGCGGCUGCCUUUAUUUGAUGUUCUUUAAAAGUAUUCUCAGCGUGCACUUGUGCCUUUUUUCACAAUGUGUAAUGUAUUAAUGUAAAACAAUUUCUGACAUUGUAUAAAUAAAUAACGCUAAAAAUAAAUGUUUCUUUUAGAUGUUUCUUUGGAAGGUUAUGUCUUGGAUUGUUUUUUUUUUAUUAUUUUUUAAAUUUAUUUUAUUAUAAAUUGAGUAAUUUUUUUUAAUGGCUCAUACACAAAGUUGCCAGUUUAUUAAGUACUGUGGUGCUGGACGGUUUGUAAACCCUUUAGACUUUUCUAUAUUUCUGCAUAAAUAUGAAAUAAAACUUCAUCAGCUUUUCACACAAGUCCUAAAAGUAGACAGAAAGAUCCCAAUUAAUGAGACAAAUAUAUUAUACUUGUUCAUUUAUUUAUUGAGGAAAAUGAUCCAAUAUUAAAUAUCUGUGAGUGACAAAAGUAUGUGAACCUCUAGGAUUAUCAGUUUAUUUUGAAGGUAAAAUUAGAGUCAGGUGUUCUCAAUCAAUGGGAUGACAGUCAGGUGUGAGUGAGCACCCUGCUUUAUUUAAAGAUCAGGGAUUUAUUAAAGUCUGAUCUUCACAACACAAAUUUGUGGAAGUAUCAUGACAUGAAUAAAGGAGAAAGGAAUUUCUGAGGACCUCAGAAAAAGAGUUGUUGAUGCACAUCAGGCUGGAAAAGAUUACAAAAUCAUCUUUAAAGAGUUUGGACUCCACCAAUCCACAGUCAGCUAGAUUCAAGACCAUUGUUACCCUCCGCAGGAUUAGUCAACCAACAAAGAUCACUCCAAAAGCAAGACAUGUACUGUAAUAGUCCAUGAGGUCACAAAGAAAUCCAGGGUGACUUCUAAGCAACUAAAGGCCUCCCUUACAUUUGGCUAAUGUUACUAUUCAUGAGUCCACCAUCAGGAGAAGACUGAACAACAAAGGUGUUUGCUUGU